UUUGCUGCUUCAGUAUGCACUAAUGCGCUUGUUGCUAAAUCGUAUUUAGUAAAAAAUACGCAUGCAAGUAUGUCUAAAGUUAACUACGGCGAUUACUUGAACUCAUGGUGAUAUUUUGAUCCAUAUCAUCGUAUCAUCUACGUUGUUUGUAGGUCUCGUAAUAAAGUACUUACUGUAAUCCUGUUACACGACGUUGAUAAGAAAAAAUUUUGAUAAACCGCAAUCAAUUUCGAUUCUGAAGAAUUUAUACUAUGAGCCAUCGAGUCGGGUUCAUAACCUUAUCCAUUUAAAUAAGAAAGAGGAAUUGAUUCAGUGGCCUUCCUUGGUAAUAUCUGGCAUAGCUUCCCCAAUUCAGUGGAACACGUAUUUCGGUUCUGUGUCGACAAAAGUACACGCUGUCUUAUGCAAAAGCGACGUCCAAAGCGUUAACCAAUAGAGGGAUUAAGGUAACGUGCUUCCUCGCUAAUAUGCGCAUACAUGAUUUUUAUACAGGCGUGAUUAAAUGACACAGCAGCGUAAAUCUGUAGGAUUUUUAACUACAUACUAUCCUGUAAUACCACAUUGUUGUUUGAAUUACAUGGAAUGACAUGUGACACGAUUACAUAGUUAGCCAUUAGAAAAUAGAAAAAACAAUGAUGCCAUUGACGAAAUUCGACGUCACAAUUUGAUUAUGGUGUGCAAUGAACGAAAUCUUUGCUCUAGUCAAUAUUUAAACCAAUUUUUUCGCGCCAAAACAAAAUUUAAACAUAGAUGUUCGCGCACCAGAGGUAGACGUCAUCAUUCCGAACCAAGAUGGCGGCCUCCUUGCUGUCAGCAACGUUCGAUUCAACGUUGAUUGAACGUUGCUCAUAGUAGGGAGCUACGAACGAGCAGUCGUGGUGGAGAGAUUUGCCAAAACAAAAACAGGGGAAAUCUAACAUCGACCGAUAUGGCUUUUAUUCUUUAUUGGCGCUUUCUGUAGAUAAUCUCUGUUCAUUGAGAAAGCGUCCUAGCCGAAUGAUAGCGCUUAUUCUUGAAAUUUCAAUCCUUGUAAAACGGCCCGUUCCUUCAAUCACGGGACCGCACUUGUGAAAUCGUCGUAUCUGCUAUGCUGUGCAAUAUGUUGUUUGGUCGUGAUGUUGGUGCUGUUUAGCUUAGGCCAAUGAUUCUUUUUCAUUCUGCCUUGCACUUAUCAGUUGUGCGUACGGUUGUGAUAGCUCGAGUCAUCUAACGAGACCAAUAGGCGGUCAAUAACCGAAUUUGUAGGCAGCAUACAGAUAGCUGGGCAAGUUGGUGACUUAGAGGGGCAAUUUUGGCAGAUCUGUGAAAACGCCAGCUGGUCCUGUGACGGGUAGAAUUCUGUCUGUGACAGAACUGUAGCAUCGACACUUGUGCAACGAAGUGCAGCUCCCGCCUGUAACGCUCAUUGCCGAGAGGCUCGCUUAACAAAGUAACCGUCAAACAGCGUGUGUUGUCCGCGUCGUCGUUCCCUGCGAGUGCCUUCAAGGCGGGAGUACUACUGUUUGUGUCACUGUGCGUGGUGCGUUCGAAGCGGGGAAAUGAGUCGCCAGGUGUUAAAGUGAUCAAAUAAGGUGCCAUUCGGCCCAUGCGUUAGGUAACUGUGAACAGUGCGGCUAGGUACGCACGCCUGUACAGCCGAGUCCUACCUGACACGCGAAGGGAUCGCCGGCAGCCUGGCGUGGUCGGAUCCCGCACUAAUCAGCUUAGCUGAUACUCGAAAGAACAACAACGAUGUCAUCGAGGUCCCUUUUGCCCGAGUUUAACCCCUUGGUGACAGGAUCGAGUAGCACUUCCCGCGAUUGGCUUCAGGCCAUUAGAACUAGGACCAACUUCCGGAUUGGCAACUCGACAGUGCGAUGCCAGACCAAUUUCACGCUUACGAUCAUUGUGCUCGGCACGAUUACUCUGCUCAUAUUCUACACGUUAUUACCGAAGGGAAUGUCACUCUUCGACGACCAUACGCAUUAUCAGAGUCUCCUUGAAGAACCCGCGAACUACAAUGCAACAUAUCCACUUACAAGGCCAAUCUCACUCGAUAGAGCCGAUAACAAACUGAAGUACCGAAUUGCCGUAGUAGCUGACAUGGACAAGGAAUCGAAACUAGUCGAUAAUGCGUGGAUCUCUAAACUCAAAACAGGAUGGUUAGUAUACGAUCGGAAAUAUAAACUCGUCGAAAUUGAAUGGGAUUCAUCGGAACUUACGCUCAAGGGGAGUUUGUCACAGGGCGGUCGGGGUAUGGAACUAUCUGAACUGGUCAUUUUUGAUGGGAAAUUACUAUCGUUUGAUGAUCGGACGGGUGUUAUUUACCGGAUAGAAGACGAGAGGGUAAUUCCAUGGGUGCUACUAAACGACGGAGACGGCCAUGCAACUAAAGGCUUCAAGUCUGAGUGGGCUACCGUUAAAGAUGGCUUGUUAUACGUUGGCGGGCUUGGUAAGGAAUGGACGAAUUCGAACGGCGCAAUUAUAUCAUAUGAUCCGCAAUGGAUCAAGGUAGUAACACCUGGUGGUAGGGUCGUACAUAGGGAAUGGCGGGACAAUUAUCUUAGCCUUUGCGCGGCAGCGAAUAUUGAGCCUCCGGGAUACAUGAUUCAUGAAGCGGUUAACUGGUCUCCCGUGCAUCAGCAAUGGUUCUUCUUACCGCGACGGGCUUCCCACGAGGCUUAUGAUGAUCUGAAGGAUGAAAUACGCGGAACAAAUUUGCUGCUUCGCGCGUCACAGGAUUUCCAGCGAAUCACCUUGCAAAAAGUCGGACCCAAAAUCGAAUCACAUGGAUUCUCGUCUUUCAAGUUUAUACCCGAAACACAAGACACUGUGGCUGUCGCUAUCAAAUCUGAGGAGGUGAAAGGCAAGGCUGCUACGUACAUCACCGUAUUCAACGUUGCCGACGGACAAAUUAUUUUUCCCGAAACUAAAAUUGGAAAUGUUAAGUACGAGGGUAUCGAGUUCAUUUAGGCCGUUUAGGAAUAGCUCAAUUAGACGUGUAUAUUGGUGACCGAAAUCCUCCUCUAUACGAAUCCACGCCACAAGAGAUGUGGCUUUCAUUUUGUCCUUGAUACCUAGUUGUAGUACGACCUAGUCAUUUCAUGUACAUGUCUUCUAACUUACAUCUGGCCUCGUAAAUCAAGAAAAAGAAAUUGAUUGGAUAUUCCGUAACGUUCGGCUUACGGUAUCUGAUCUUCGCAUCUGAAAAACUUUUACGCAUGUUUGUAUAAAUAUAUAUGAAUUCUACGGUAGCCUAAUAGAUUAUGUCCCACGUAUAUAUAACUAACAGUAGUAUAAAAUCCCUUGUUGCUGCCGUGUAUUGUACAGAUUUUCUGAUAUAAGCAAAUAAUUAUACCAAUGAUAAGCGACAUUUUAAUGAAUUUAAUUUCUCAGAAAGGUUAGGUUACGUUAGAUUAGGCUGACGUAAAACUGUACUAAAAAUAAGUGGUGACUUGUGUAUGAUUUGUUUCGCGUCAAAAAAGGCGAUUUUAUAAAAUACUUGUAGCUGAUAAUACAUGCCACUAAACGCUCACAAUCGUCUCUUUUCUUUGAGACCCUACAUUUUGCUGGGACUCUUAUUAGCCAGAUGAUUCCUUUCAGUUUCGCAUUUGCUCGUUGAUGUUUGCACAAAAUCGAGACAAUUAAAGCAUGGGGCAAAUUGCGAAGGUCGGACAAGUUGUAGUUAACACCUGACAGCCAAAUCGUAAAAUAACCUGAUAUUUUGUGUAUUUUUGCAGUACCAUGUGCUCCAAGCACUGGUCAUUUUUUUUUGUCUGGUAUUCUAGGAUUAUUGCUGGUUAUUUUUUUUCACAAUAUUUUAAUGUGCCUGUAGCUGGGCAUCCUUAUAAUUAUUACUCGUAUCGUUCUUCUGACUGUUCUUCGCAGAAGUGCACUCGAGGCCUUUUGUAUAGGAACAAGUCCACAAAAAUGAUCGCAUAGAGAUCGUAGUAAAUAUAAAGCAAAAACUUAAUAGGGUCAAAAUAUGUGGGUUCAUAAGUUUAGGUGUGACUGUUGUUACUGUCUUGGCAAUCCAUCUUUUAAAGUUAUGAUUUCGUGGACGACACGGCCUGUCGUAGACUUAAAAAUUGCGAUAAGUUAACAAGUUGUUAAUCGAUUUUUUAUGUUAAGAGUUGGUGUUGUCCUCGCAUAGCUACAUACUGAUGUGGCUCUAAUCGUUAACUUAACUUCAAAGGUUACUUAACCUCACUUGACAGAAUACACUGAUAAUGUGAUAAUGAUGUUAAUGUCAACUGAAAAUGCCAUGCGCUACAAAUGCAAAAUCCGUGUUAAGUGUUAAGUAAUAUUAAAAUUAUGUUACGUAUGUGACAAAGGAACCUUGUGUAUGGUUUAAAGUACAAUAUCUGCCCGCCACACUUUGAAUUGUGAACAGCUGUGGAGCUCCCGCAGUAGUUAGAAUCGUAGCUCGUGUUCAACGUAUACAAAGAUAGCUUUUUAAAUUGUUACCUAUCAAAAAUGAUGUUUGUACAUUCUGUUAAUAAAAGACGAAAACAAAGUAU